GUCUCUCAUAAGGACACAUACUUUAUGGAAAACCAGUAGUAAAGCAAAAACAUGGCUAGAAAGGAUUACAUACAAGGCAUCUUAUUGUCAUUUAUUCUAUUUUGUGUUGGUUGUGUAGACUGUGAAAAUUUUAAAACUGGGACAAAUUACACUUUUAAGCCUGCGAUACCAGGAGCUGUUGAAUUGGGGGACUGGAAACUCAAUGGAAAUUUGGUGGUUGUGUGGGAAGGUAAAAGCAAUCCUGUGUGGUACCGAUUAAAAGACCGAGCACAGCUUAACACUGACAAUGGCGACUUCACAGUACGGCUUAAGAAGGAAGACAGAGGUGUAUUUAAGGCCCAAUUCCUGGUUAAAGGGGUUCUGAAGCAUUUUGAACGUACAAUUAAAGUGAUUGAUCCAGUGACUAAGCCAAAAGUGACUUGUGAGCAGAAUGACCAAGAUAUAACACUCAAGUGUUCAGUGGAAGCUCCAGUGCAGGCACUGUUUACAUGGUCCGGACCAGAUGGGUUCUCUCAUGUUGGGGAUAGUGUUCAAAUCACCAGAAAACCAAAUGAUGACUCAAUCUAUUACUGCUCUGCAAAAAAUGAAGUGAGCGUAAUGUCAGCAGAGUUCAAACUUAAGGACUGUAUUUCUGAAGGUUGUGUAGACUGUGAAAAUUUUAAAACUGGGACAAAUUACACUUUUAAGCCUGCGAUACCAGGAGCUAUUGAAUUGGGGUACUGGAGACUCAAUGGCAAUUUGGUGGUUGUGUGGGAAGGUAAAAGUAAUCCUGUGUGGUACCGAUUAAAAGACCGAGCACAACUUAACACUGACAAUGGAGACCUCACAGUUCGGCUGAAGAAGGAAGACAGCGGUGUAUUUAAGGCCCGAUUCCAGGGGCAAGGGUUCCUGAAGGAUUUUGAACGUACAAUUAAAGUGAUUGAUACAGUGACUAAGCCAAAAGUGUCUUGUGAGCAGAAUGACCAAGAUAUAACACUCAAGUGUGCAGUGGAAGCUCCAGUGCAGGCACUGUUUACAUGGUCUGGACCAGAUGGGUUCUCUCAUGUUGGGGAUAGUGUUCAAAUAACCAGAAAACAAAAUGAUGACUCAAUCUAUUACUGCUCUGCAAAAAAUGGAGAGAGCGUAAUGUCAGCAGAGUUCAAACUUAAGGACUGUAUUUCUGAGGGUUGUGUAGACUGUGAAAAUUUUAAAACUGGGACAAAUUACACUUUUAAGCCAGCGAUACCAGGAGUUAUUGAAUUGGGGGACUGGAAACUCAAUGGCAAUUUGGUGGUUGUGUGGGAAGGUAAAAGUGAGCCUGUGUGGUACCGAAUAAAAGACCGAGCACAGCUUAACACUGACAAUGGCGACCUCACAGUUCGGCUGAAGAAGGAAGACAGCGGUGUAUUUAAGGCCCAAUUCCAGGUGCAAGGAGUUCUGAAGUAUUUUGAACGUACAAUUAAAGUGAUUGAUCCAGUGACUAAGCCAAAAGUGACUUGUGAGCAGAAUGACCAAGAUAUAACACUCAAGUGUGCAGUGGAAGCUCCAGUGCAGGCACUGUUUACAUGGUCUGGACCAGAUGGGUUCUCUCAUGUUGGGGAUAGUGUUCAAAUAACCAGAAAACAAAAUGAUAACUCAAUCUAUUACUGCUCUGCAAAAAAUGAAGUGAGCGUAAUGUCAGCAGAGUUCAAACUUAAGGACUGUAUUUCUGAGGGUUGUGUAGACUGUGAAAAUGUUAAAACUGGGACAAUUUACACUUUUAAGCCUGCGAUACCAGGAGUUAUUGAAUUGGGGAACUGGAAACUCAAUGGCUAUUUGGUGGUUGAGUGGGAAGGUAAACGUGAGCCUGUGUGGUACCGAUUAAAAGACCGAGCACAGCUUAACACUGACAAUGGAGACCUCACAGUUCGGCUGAAGAAGGAAGACAGCGGUGUAUUUAGGGCCCAAUUCCAGGGGCAAGGGGUUCUGAACUAUUUUGAACGUAAAAUUAAAGUGAUUGAUCCAGUGACUAAGCCAAAAGUGACUUGUGAGCAGAAUGACCAAGAUAUAACACUCAAGUGUGCAUUGGAAGCUCCAGUGCAGGCACUGUUUAUAUGGUCCGGACCACAUGGGUUCUCUCAUGUUGGGGAUAGUGUUCAAAUCACCAGAAAACAAAAUGAUGACUCAAUCUAUUACUGCUCUGCACAAAAUGAAGUGAGCGUAAUGUCAGCAGAGUUCAAACUUAAGGACUGUAUUUCUGAGGACUGUAAACAUGUGGCAACUGGGACAGUUUACACUUUUACGUCAGGGAUAACAGGAGAUAUUGAAUUGGGUGACUGGAGACUCAAUGGCAAUUUGGUGGUUGAGUGGGAAGGUAAAAGUGAGCCUGUGUGGUACCGAUUACAAGACCGAGCAAAGCUUAACCGUGCCAACGGAGACCUCUCAGUUGUUCUGCAGAAGAAUGACAGCGGUGAAUAUAAGGCCCUAUUCCAAGUGAAAGGAGUUCUGCAGUAUUAUGUCAUUACAAUUAAUGUGAUUGAUCCAGUGACUAAGCCGAAAGUAACUUGUGAGCAGAAUGACCAAGGUAUAACACUUAAGUGUUCACUGGUUCCUCCAGUGGAGGCAAAGUUUAAAUGGACCGGACCAAAUGGGUUCUCUCAUGUUGGGGAUAGUGUUCAAAUCACCAGAAAACCAAAUGAUGACUCAAUCUAUUACUGCUCUGCAAAAAAUGAAGUGAGCGUAAUGUCAGCAGAGUUCAAACUUAAGGACUGUAUUUCUGAAGGUUGUGUAGACUGUGAAAAUUUUAAAACUGGGACAAUUUACACUUUUAAGCCUGCGAUACCAGGAGCUAUUGAAUUGGGGGACUGGAGACUCAAUGGCAAUUUGCUGGUUGAGUGGGAAGGUAAAAGUGAGCCUGUGUGGUACCGAUUAAAAGACCGAGCACAGCUUAACACUGACAAUGGAGACCUCACAGUUCGGCUGAAGAAGGAAGACAGCGGUGUAUUUAUGGCCCAAUUCCAGGUGCAAGGGGUUGUGAAGUAUUUUGAACGUACAGUUAAAGUGAUUGAUACAGUGACUAAGCCAAAAGUGACUUGUGAGCAGAAUGACCAAGAUAUAACACUCAAGUGUUCAGUGGAAGCUCCAGUGCAGGCACUGUUUACAUGGUCCGGACCAGAUGGGUUCUCUCAUGUUGGGGAUAGUGUUCAAAUCACCAGAAAACAAAAUGAUGACUCAAUCUAUUACUGCUCUGCACAAAAUGAAGUGAGCGUAAUGUCAGCAGAGUUCAAACUUAAGGACUGUAUUUCUGAGGGUUGUGUAGACUGUGAAAAUUUUAAAAUUGGGACAAUUUACACUUUUAAGCCUGCGAUACCAGGAGCUAUUGAAUUGGGGGACUGGAGACUCAAUGGCAAUUUGCUGGUUGAGUGGGAAGGUAAAAGUGAGCCUGUGUGGUACCGAUUAAAAGACCGAGCACAGCUUAACACUGACAAUGGAGACCUCACAGUUCGGCUGAAGAAGGAAGACAGCGGUGUAUUUAAGGCCCAUUUCCUGGUGCAAGGGGUUAUGAAGUAUUUUGAACGUACAGUUAAAGUGAUUGAUACAGUGACUAAGCCAAAAGUGACUUGUGAGCAGAAUGACCAAGAUAUAACACUCAAGUGUUCAGUGGAAGCUCCAGUGCAGGCACUGUUUACAUGGUCCGGACCAGAUGGGUUCUCUCAUGUUGGGGAUAGUGUUCAAAUCACCAGAAAACAAAAUGAUGACUCAAUCUAUUACUGCUCUGCAAAAAAUGAAGUGAGCGUAAUGUCAGCAGAGUUCAAACUUAAGGACUGUAUUUCUGAGGGUUGUGUAGACUGUGAAAAUUUUAAAAUUGGGACAAUUUACACUUUUAAGCCUGCGAUACCAGGAGCUAUUGAAUUGGGGGACUGGAGACUCAAUGGCAAUUUGCUGGUUGAGUGGGAAGGUAAAAGUGAGCCUGUGUGGUACCGAUUAAAAGACCGAGCACAGCUUAACACUGACAAUGGAGACCUCACAGUUCGGCUGAAGAAGGAAGACAGCGGUGUAUUUAAGGCCCAUUUCCUGGUGCAAGGGGUUAUGAAGUAUUUUGAACGUACAGUUAAAGUGAUUGAUCCAGUGACUGCCAAAAGUGACUUCUGAGCAGAUUGAUCUAGAUAUAACACUCAAGUGUUUAGUGGACGCUCCAGAUGGGUUCUCUCAUGUUGGGGAUAGUGUUCAAAUCACCAGAAAAUGAUGACUCAAUCUACUACUGCUCUGCAAAAAAUGAAGUGAGCGUAAUGUCAGCAGAGUUCAAACUUAAGGACUGUAUUUCUGAGGGUAAUGCUUCUCUUAUAUACUGUACAACAAAAACUUGUGAAGACAGACAAUGUGAGCUGGUAAAAAUGAUUUGAAAGUAAUAAAUGCACAAAAGAGAUGGACAGACCAAAUCUUCAUAAAUAUCUCUUAUGUAAAGUUGCAAGACAAUAAACUCAAGCAAUAACACACUUUCUAACUUGCUUAUUUGGCUCUCUAUAUAUUGCUUGAGAAAGGGAGUGGAGUGAAAAAACAAUGAUGAUGUGACAGAUGAUUGUGACAGAAACUGGUGUUGAUGCCUUCUGCGAUUAAAACCAUAAAAUUUCCUGUUUUUCUUUUA